AUGAAAAAAAUUGAAUUAAACCACCCACUUAACUCCAAAGACAAAAAAAAUCUUAAGCUCUUUGUGUAAGACACAUACAGAGACUUCUCUGAAGAUAGGCUCAGGAGAGUAAAAAGUGGAAAAACACUGUCACAGACGUUGAGCAAUCAAAAAACCACUUAUGGGAAUUUCAGAAAGCUAGCAAUUAGGGCGACUGAAAAACCAGCAUUGCCAAGAAUCUUUAAAGAAGAAAACCAAAGAAAAGCUGAAUUAAAAAAGCUUGAAUUGCCUGAAGGAAUUUGCUAUGAGACUACAGAAAGGCUAAUAGCACAGUCCACAGAAAGGCAUAUCCUAUCAUCUUAUCCCUCAUCUACAGUUAAUAAAAAACAUUUUCGGGUUUUAACUCCUGCAAUGGAAGAGUACUUAAACUCCCGUGGAUUUUCUCCACAAUUAGAAGAUAAAAAACUCAUAAACCUGGAUUCUCAUUUUUUAGAAAAAUUCCAAUUGAUAUCUGACUAUUUAAAAGAGUCCCAAGUCCGCCACACCAUCGAUUCAUCAGUAAUUAAGCUGCAAUCCAACAUAAACUUACUCCCCCUUUAAUUUUUUUGGUAAAUAAGCCCUUUAAAUUGAAAAAUUUAAUUUUUACGGAUAAAAAUACGACUUUAUGCUCAAUUUAGCGCCUUAAAAAAAUAUAAUUCUACCUAUAUCUUGCUCUAUUUUAAGAAGGGUUGUGAAAAUUUGUAUAAUUGCUUUUUUACGAAAUAAAUUAACCCGUAUUUUUAUAUACAUAAAAUGGCCCGUGGCGGGUGUCCUUAUGUAUACCGGACGUGGUUUUUGGAUGCGGAGAGCUACUCAAGGGAAGAGUUAGCCUCGAGGCGAGAGGCCCAGCCCAAUUUCCGCUGAUUUUGGGACUCGACCCGGGCAGCAGUUUUUCGCAUUCUUUUUGCAGUAGCGCCGAGGCUCAGACUCGGUGUCCGAAAGAGGCAGGGUGAGUUACCUGCCUAGGCUAAUGGUGGCUUAGCCCCGAAUCCCGUAAGGGGUUGAGUUCUUUCUUGGAGAUGAUCCAGGAAAGAGGGGAGGCAAAACUAGACUUGGGGAUCUCAAGGGCACAAGUCUCUCCAGUUAAAAGGGUCCUCUCACGAGGGCGAUCUGGCCAACCGGAGGCAAAGACUGACGUAACUCGGGGCGGAAGGCUGAGUUGGAAAUGGUGGUGCUCAGCGACAGUCGGCUGACGACUCAAUAUGGCAACCACUACCGAGAAACCAGGGGUUUCGGCCUGGGCUCAGAGAGCCAGUGAUGGAAGUCCAUCCUUUUCGCUCGUGCCAGCACGGCUCCUCAAGGAGCGCGGAGGAAUGCCACGCAUGGAAGUGGGGACUAUAAAUACACAUCUUAAACCUAACCUAACCCCGUAUUUUUGUUAAAUUGGAAGCUAGAGAAAACUAACUCAAUGGUAUACGAUAAAUCUGCAAAAGAAAAAAUCGACCCAAUUGAAAAGAAGCUUCUUUUAGUGGACACAAAAAUUAAUGCAAUGAUUGACGAAUCAAUGGAAAAAGAAAAGCAGAGAAUUGAAGAAAAUGAGAAAAAAACCAUAAAAAUCGACUUCGAGAAAAACAGAAAAGUUCAUACUCCAGCAUACAUGAAGUUUACAAGGCUGAACAAGAAGGGAAAAUAUUUGCUGUGAAGGCAGGACGAGCUGAAAAAAAUUGAAGCUGAUGAUUAUGCAAAAGAGAAAAAAACAAAAAUGAUGGAUAUUUUAAAAAAAAAUAAAAGAUUGCACAGUGAAAGUACGCCAAGUUUAUAUAAAGCACCUAAAGAUGGAAAUAUUUUUAUUCCGCCACUACAGUUAAGUGAGUCUAAUGAAAAUUUGCAAAGCUUUGAUUUGCAUUCAAAUACAAGCCGCUCCAAGCAGUUCGGGUCUUUAACUUAUAGAGAGUAUUUAAAAAGGAUGAGUUAA